CCUCCACCACAGCCCCGAAAGUCUACCCUCUGGGUUCUUGCUGCGGGGACACGUCCAGCUCCACCGUGACCCUAGGCUGCCUGGUCUCCAGUUACAUGCCCGAGCCGGUGACCGUGACCUGGAACUCAGGUGCCCUGACCAGCGGUGUACACACCUUCCCGGCUGUCCUGCAGUCCUCCGGGCUCUACUCUCUCAGCAGCAUCGUGACCGUGCCCGCCAGCACCUCAGAAUCCCAGACCUUCACCUGCAACGUAGCCCACCCGGCCAGCAGCACCAAGGUGGACAAGCAUGUCGGUGAGAAGACAGGCCCCGGGGAGGAGGCGGGCCCUGGGCUCAGAUCUGCCAAAACCUGUCCCUGCCCUAAGCCCAGCCCCUGGCUUCCUGCCCCUGGUAACCCCCAGUCUGCUCUCUCUGCAGUGCCCAGAUGUAAGAAAACCUGCCCACCUUGCCCAUGCCCAGCCCCUGAACUCCCCGGAGGACCGUCUGUCUUCAUCUUCCCCCCGAAACCCAAGGACACCCUCACAAUCUCUGGAACACCCGAGGUCACGUGUGUGGUGGUGGACGUGGGCCAGGAUGACCCCGAGGUCAAGUUCACCUGGUUCGUGAAUGACGUGGAGGUGCACACGGCCAGGACAAAGGCGAGAGAGGAGCAGUUCAACAGCACCUACCGCGUGGUCAGCGCUCUGCCCAUCCAGCACCAGGACUGGACUGGGGGAAAGGAGUUCAAGUGCAAGGUCUACAACGAAGGCCUCCCGGCCCCCAUCGUGAGAACCAUCUCCAGGACCAAAGGGCAGGCCCUGGAGCCACAGGUGUACGUCCUGGCCCCACCCCGGGAAGAGCUCAGCAAAAGCACGGUCAGCCUCACCUGCCUGAUCACCGGCUUCUACCCAGACUACAUCGCCGUGGAGUGGCAGAGAGAUGGGCAGCCUGAGUCGGAGGGCAAGUACAGCACGACCCCACCCCAGCUGGACGCCGACGGCUCCUACUUCCUGUACAGCAGGCUCAGGGUGAACAAGAGCAGCUGGCUAGAAGGAGACAGCUACACGUGUAUAGUGAUGCAUGAGGCUCUGCACAAUCACUACACACAGAAGUCCAUCUCUAAGUCUCCGGACCUGCGCCUGGAGGAGGAGAGCUGUGCGGACACCCAGGACGGGGAGCUGGACGGGCUCUGGACGACCAUCUCCAUCUUCAUCACGCUCUUCCUGCUCAGCGUCUGCUACAGCGCCACCGUGACCCUCUUCAAGGUGAAGUGGAUCUUCUCAUCAGUGGUGGAGCUGAAGAGGACUAUUGUCCCUGACUACAGAAACAUGAUUGGACAGGGCGCCUAG